AGCUAGUCUAGUACAAUUUAUUUUAGCUCGCUGAAGUUGCAAGAACUAGCCAAUCCGAGGCUGUUUAGUUAGCUAAAUAGCUAACUAAAUUAGCUACUGUAGUCUACAAACGUUACCAACUUUGCAGUCGGCAAUGCAGAAGAGUGACGUUAGCUGAUGGCUAAAACUAGCGGUGUUGCAGCCGAGUUGUUGUUGACUCUUGAGACGAGACAUGCCUCCCACACAGGAGGUUGGUGGCACCUUAAUUGGGGAGGACAGGCUCGUGGGAAUGGCUGGAGUGGAACGGUAUAUAAAAAAGGAUCCCAUUCCAUUUACUCCGUUCCAGCCAUAUGAGCCGUCCUCCCUUCAACAGCCUCCACCGGUGGUGCUCCCCCGCGACUUACGGCACCGGUUUAUUGUUGCCAGGUGAUUGGGACCACAACGCCUUCAUUAGCGGGAAGAGAGCCGGGAUAAUUCAAGGACAUAUGGCAAAGACGGGUGCAACGUUUGUCUGAUGGUUUUACAGUUGGCAAUGUUGGGUAGCCAGUCUGUAGCUUCCCUGACGACCAAAUGCCUGGACUUCAAAGUUCUCACACUCCUUGGUAAGGGCUCCUUUGCGUGUGUUUACCGGGCAAAGUCAGUUAACACUGGCUUGGAGGUGGCGAUCAAAAUGAUUGACAAAAAAGCCAUGCACAAAUCUGGUAUGGUCCAGCGUGUGAGUAACGAAGUGGAGAUUCAGUGUCGAUUGAAGCAUCCGUCAAUACUAGAGCUGUACACCUACUUUGAAGACAGUAAUUAUGUGUACUUGGUGUUGGAGAUAUGCCAUAAUGGAGAGAUGAGUCGAUACCUGAAAGAUAGGAAGAUGCCCUUCUCAGAGGGUGAAGCAAGGCACUUCAUGCAUCAAAUAGUGAAAGGUAUGCUGUACUUGCAUACACAUGGCAUCAUGCAUCGGGACCUGACCUUGUCCAACCUGCUUCUGUCAGGCAAUAUGAACCUUAAAAUAGCUGACUUUGGCCUGGCCACCAAGCUGAAGCUCCCCAGCGAGAAGCACUUCACCAUGUGUGGCACACCCAACUACAUCUCCCCAGAGGUGGCCACCCACAGUGCCCACGGCCUGGAGUCUGAUGUCUGGUCUCUGGGCUGCAUGUUCUACGCCUUCCUGAUGGGCCGGCCACCGUUUGACACAGACACGGUCAAGCACACCCUCAACAAGGUGGUUCUGGGGAAGUAUGACAUGCCCAGCCAUGUGUCCCAGGAGGCCCAGGACCUGAUCCAUCAGCUGCUGAGGAAGGACCCUGCGCAACGGCCCAGCCUGUCUGCCGUGCUGGAGCACCCCUUCAUGACCCAAAGCCUGCUGGCCAGGACCAAGGAGCUGAGCCUGGGGGAGCCAGGCUCCAUGGAUAGCGGCAUCGCCACCAUCUCCACAGCCUGCACCUCGUCCACGUCCGGCAGCAGCAGCAGCAGCAGCCGCCAUCUCCAGAAGAGAACCAGGCGUGUGAUGGGACCUGCCUUGCCCAAUCGCAUGAUGCCUAUCCCUACACUGCCCCGGCCGCCCAGCAACGCCUGCUUUGAGGGGGUUGAGCAGUGGCAGCAGCAGCACUCAGACAGAGUAGGCAGGAGCAGAGCUGCUCCGGGUGGGGAGAGUGGACGGCCCCACUCCAGGUACCCACGAAGGGCUCACUCCUCAGACCGGUCUAGCUCCUCUGUCACUCCAGCCCAGGAGAUGGGGCAGGCAAAGCUGGAAAGGUGCCACUCUGAGGAAAUGCUGACUGUGUCAGGGAGACUGGCCUUUCCCAUGUCCUCCAGCUACAAGGACACUCCACAACCCUUCGCAGAACAUGGAAGGCUCCCAUUGCCACCUGUCAAACAGACAGCCAGCUCAGGAUGUUCAUAUUCCACACAACCACCACGUCCACUAAACCUGCAGUUAGAGGAGUCAGAAGGUGUACAAAAUUGGUUCAGUAAAGAAGGCCCAUUUCCGAGGCCCACGGAUGUCAGCUCUCACAGCAGCAGUGGCAGUUUCCAUAGCAGCAGGGAGCCUCUAGGUGUACACAACUACUGGAGUGACAAACCAGCAGGCAGAGGGACCAGUUCUCACCACAACCAGCACCACCCCUCAAACACUGAGUCCUACUGGGAGAAUGGGCAACGAGUACAUGGGGGAGAGCUGCAGAGUCUGUCCAAACCCAAACCAAGUAUAGCAAAGGAGAAGUCCCUGAGAAAUGUGCUCCCUCCCCUGUGUGCCUACAGACUGAAACCCAUCAGACAGAAGACUAAAAACGCUGUGGUGAGCAUUCUUGAUACAGGAGAAGUGUGUAUGGAGCUUCUCAAGGGCCAGGGCCCCCAGGAGAGGGUCAAAGAGGUCCUUAGGAUAUCCUGUGAUGGUUCGAUGGUCACUAUUUACCAGCCCAAUGAGGGGAAAGGUUUUUCUGUACUAGAGCGCCCCCCUGCUCCUCCUGAGAACAUCUUGAUCUGCAGCUAUGAGGACUUACCAGAAAAAUACUGGAGGAAAUACCAGUAUGCCUCCAAGUUUGUGCUCCUGGUGAAAUCCAAGACUCCAAAGGUCACCCUCUAUACCAAGUCUGCUAAGUGUAUGCUGAUGGAGAACUCCCCCAAUGCAGACCUGGAGGUGUGCUUCUACGAUGGAGCAAAAAUCCACAAGACGUCGGAGCUGGUCCGGGUGGUGAAGAGUGGGAAGUCGUACACAGUGAAAGGGGAGGUGGGUCUGAGUGGCCUCAGCCCAGAGAGCAGGCUGUAUGUGGAGCUGUCUGACGAGGGCCACAGCAUGUGUCUGUCUCUAGAGGCGGCAAUCACUGCAGAAGAGCAGCACAGUGCCAAGAGCACUCCCUUCUUCCCCAUCACCAUCGGCAGGAGACCUGCCAACCCAGACUCCUCCUGCCCCUCGUCCCAGCCUGCCACUGCUGAUGUGGCAUCACUGCCCCAGCCCCCAUGUUUCACUCCCUCUAGGAUGUCCUAUGAAGAGUCUGACAUCACCUCAGCCAGUGUGAACAAAAACUGCUCUCCGCUGUCGGUCAAACAAGACCACACGGCCAACGCAGGGAAAGUCCUCAAGUCUGUCUUUGUGCCAAAUAUUGGUUGGGCCUCACAGCUGACCAGUGGAGAGGUGUGGGUGCAGUUCAAAGAUGGCUCCCAGCUGGUGGUGCAGGCAGGGGUUUCCUGUAUUAUCUACACGUCCCCAGAGGGACAGACCACCAGGUACAAAGAGAAUGAGAAGUUGCCAGAGCUUGUGAAGGAGAAGCUGCACUGUCUCUCCACCAUCCUCGGUCUGUUGGCCAGUCCAGCAGCACGCCGCUGAAUCAAACCUCAGCAUUGCCCCCUUGCUGUUAUAUUGACACGUCCCUGUGCAGCAGGGAGGAGAAACUCAGCCUUUAUACUGUGAUAUACAUACCUCUUUCAAAUGUGCUUGUAAAUAUGUUUAUUUUCUAUGUACAGAUGACAAAUUAUGAAGAUAUAUAUUUUGAAGUACCCAUGUUGUACAGCAUCUUGAAGUAGUUUUGUGUGUGUAAACUUGUAUUUUCUAUAUUGUCAGUUGUCGAACCAUCAUCUCCAUGAAAUGUCAGAUGCUUAAAAGCUGAAGCAAUAAACAUCUGCAGGCUGGGUAGAGUUCAGACGC